CCAGCCCUUUUAGCCUAGCCCUCGCCCUCGGGGCUCACGGCAGCGCCAGCCGUCGUCAGGAGUGCGCAUUCGUGUUAGCCUGAUAGCGCGCGACGAGCCAUCCACCGCUUCGGCGAGACAGAGCCGACCGAGGCAGUGGUAGAGCGAGAAACUGAGCCGCGCGGCGCGCACGUCAACGACGCAAGAAUGUUCGCCUGCUGCACGCCCAAGGCGACGCCGCGGCAGCGCACGGCCGCGACGAGCCCGCGGCGGCCAAGCACGGCGUCGCCGCCGCGGUCCGCUCCGCUCGAAGUCGAGGUAGCAGCCCCUAGGCCGGGCCUCUGGAGCUCGCAUCGCCAGCAGUCCAUCGCCGAGACGCCGCGCAACGAAGGGGGCUCGUGGCAGUGGAUCGACGUCGCCGAGUCGAAGACGCCGUCGCCGAGAAGACGCGACGAGUCGCCGGCGCCGUCGCCGGGCCCGUCGCACCGGUCGACCUCGACGUUUUUUAGUGGCGACGACGAGCUCGACGACACGAACUACUCGGGGAGGAUCGUGAGACGGUCCACCAGUAAGGGGGACGUCGAGCUCUACCAGCCGCGGAGCCCGAAGCCUGCACCGAAGAGCGCCGACGAGUCGGAGGCCGCCGGCGAUUUACGACGACUCAUGCUGCGGACGAGCGAGGACGACAUGGCCUUGUACUCCGAGGACGAGGACGAGGACGAAGCAAUUCGGAGGAGGAGCUGGGGCGUCAGCGCGUCCUGGGGCGACGAGAGCGUGGCGGACGUGGAGCGGGCGGAGCUGGACGGGACGAACUACGACGGGCGGCCCGUGACGUCGACCUCCUUCGCGGACGUCGGCGCGUUGGAAAGGACGACGGACCACCUGUCGGGCGUGGCGAACGGCAUGGGCGGCCUCUCGGCGCAGUUCGCGCGGGCGGCCGCCGCGAAGGCCCCGGAGCCCAUCAAUGACGACGAGGGUUUGGAUAAUUCGCUCCACGACAGCCGGUCCGGCGGCCAGCGGAUGGAUGAGAGGGGCUUCGCCCUACUCACGAGACGGUCGUCGAGCGUGCCGACGAUCGGCGGCGAGGCGCCGCCGCCGCGCGUGAACGGGCGGGUGCGGUUCGGCGAGCCGCUCGUGAAAGGGAUUGCGUGCUUCGAGCCGGCCUCGUCCAAAGAACGGGCGGCGACGUGGUACACGCGCGCCGAGUACCGUUCCAUCAGAGAUGCGGCGUGGUUCAUCGAGUCGUUAGAUGUUGUGCGGGAUUUGGGUGAUGACGCGCCCUCAGCACCGGCGACGGCCUUCGGCGAGAGCCGGCGGGGCUUGUGCGACGACGACACGACCAAAAAGCGCCUCGCGCGCAUCCGCGCCGUGCGCUUCGCCGUGGCAUCGGCGUCGCGGCACGGCCUGCCCGCGGACGUCGUCGCGCGCCUCGCAGCGACGCCGGACGCGGCUUUACAAGCGGUCGAGCACGCGCGCGAGGACCGCGAGGCCGCGCUGGCCUGCGACGAGGCCGAGGCGGAUCACGUUCCGGCCGAGCCGCCGCGCGUCGACCGCGCCGCGGUCAUGAAGCUGCUCCAGGACCACCGCGGCGCCUUCGGCAUCGCGCCGCUCGUGCGCAAGGACUCGUUCUCGCGGCUUGAAGACGCGGCGUCGCAGUCGCCGCCGCCAGAGGCAACCGCCGCCGCGGCCGCGGCGGCGCGGUACCGCCACGCGCUGCGCCUGUACUCGUCGACGCGCGCGCGGUCCGCGCCGGCCGAGCGCGGCUGACCAAUUUAUUUCCUACCUACUACGCCCGGUCUCGGGCGGUCUUUAAUUCGAAGUUUGUGUU